UUUUACAUAUGUCGAUUUAUAGAAAUUAAAUUUAACGACUGACUUCUGCGAUGGCCAGGUGUUUAUGUAAGUAGUAAGUGUUCAAUUUAAUACCCUUGCAUAAUUUAAAUAAAUGGUUCCCCUCUGAACAGCUUCGUUUCUGUAAAUAUGAAUAAUAAUAUGGGUGCGGUGUAUUUUUGGAUUAAGCAAUACCAAAUUAAUAUCGUGUAAUAUAUUCAUUAUUUUCGGUAUGUAUCUUUCCUUUUUGUUUUGUGUGGGCUUUCUACUUUAUUUUGCCCAUUUCCGUUAAUGCGAAUAGUACUAACACCUGAAUUCGAUUCGAUUAACGAAUUGGCCGUUACCCAAUGAGUUUUACUUAUUCGGAGCCAUGUUGUGCGUGUCCAAUUUCCGGCGGCAUGAAAGGAAGCCCAACCAAGUGCUCCAUCGUUGGUUUUUCAAGGGCUGUGUCUGGACCCUUUACGCUAUCGCCUGCGGACUCCACUUCUUUAAGCUGCACUACAAUGAGCGCACCAAUCAAGUGGAGGAGACCCAAUACCAUCGAAUAUGGUCCAAGAUCGUGGUUGCCCUCAAGGUGAUAUUGCUGGUCAGCCCCUAUCUGCACUACUUCGUACUCGGACUGUUCAUAUACAUCCACAGUACACUGGUGGAGAAUAGCAACGCCCAGAGCCUCCUGAUUAGUGUUAUGGUGCUCGGAAUCGUGGUAGGCGUCCUGCGGCGUCUACUAAUCUUUCUGCACCUGAAAAGGGAUCGCAGGUUCGUGAAGCACAUUGUCAACGAGAUCCUGCAAAUCACGAGCGCCCUCGAGCAAAAGUUCGGUAUGCAAUUUAAGUGCGACUUCACAUUGCUAGUGGUAUACUUGGUUAAGCUUUGGAUAUUCAUCGUCAUGCUGGAAUCCUUAUGGAACAAGCCCUACUUCCUCUCGUCCAUCUUUCUUUACUGGCUGCUGUUGGAGUACUGCUUUGCAGGGUACUUCGUUUACCAACUGAUCCUGCUCAGCUGGUACCACACCAUUAUCCUGUUCCUCCAGCACUUUAUCGCGGACCAUGACAAUCGGCCGGACAUUGAGGAUCGCUACAAUCGCCGCUUGAUCCUACUCUUCGAGCUGCAUCUGCGCAUCAACAAUCUGCAUAAAUACGUUAGGGACAACGUCUCCUGGCUCUCGACCUCUGUAUACCUAAUGAUCUUCACCUGCAUCUAUAACGCCGAAACUCUCAUUGAAUGCAGUCUGUUCGCCGAAGACGAGCUGGAGAACAAGAUCUACAUCAUCGCGGAUGGCUGCUUGGGACCCGUCUGUACUCCAAUACUAUAUGUGCUGAUCCUGGGCAUGUGCACCGAUCGAUUUCGCGAAGCAGAAGUACAGCUACAACAGUUGUUUGUAAUAGUUCAAGGCUUGUUUAUGAGAAGGGGAAAGUCACUCCUUCUGAUCACAAUGGUACUUGACAACGAGCACACCUCCUUGAUAAUUCACCAAAAGCUGAAGCCGCUCCAAAACAUAAUCAUUUUGGACAUCACUUGCGACAGGGAGUUCGUCUUGGACUACAUUGUUACGGUGAUUCUUACAGCAUUAUCGCUGGUGCAGUACACCAUAUCAACUGGCGGAUAUAUAAGCGAAUGUGUGACCCAUAAAUAGCUACUCAUCCGUACCAUACAUAUUUGGGCGAAGAGAAAAUUAAUAUUACUAGUGAUAACUGUGUAGCUGGCAGAGCACCAGAUUUAAAAAAACGCGCCUUUAAAGUGUUUACCCAAUAAUACCAUUAAAAAGAAGUAUACUCGAAAUCAUAAA